AUGCAAUGCAAACUGUGCAUCUGAAUGAAACCUAUGUAUUGCAUUUGUGGUGCAGGAGAAAUGUGCUAAGAAUAAAGUAAACCGAGCCCAAGUGCAGCUUCACCAAAGGACUGGAUCUAGGUCCUGUAUUGCUCAUCGAUACAACCUGAGGCCUAAGUACAACAACACAGAUCUAGAUCCUGUUGAUUUCUUUGGGGAAUGUAUGAAUAGUCCGCAACAUGGUCGUACUCUUCUUGCAAAUGAGAUAUAUGAACAUAUGGUUGCAGAGAAGGAAAGAGAACCAGAAGAAGGAGAAGCACAAAAGUCUCCCUCCAAGAUUGUUGCUGACAGUCUGAGCCAGAUCAGCCAUUCAUCCACCUUCCUUCCAAACAUUGGUGUCGCUCGAGUGUCGAAGACUGCCCGGUCUACAUCGACAACCGCAGAAGCACGACUGCAAGAUCACUUUGAGGCAACACUUCAAGCAGAAAGAGAGGAAGCUGCUAGGAAGCAGGAACAAUUGGAAGCACAACUUCUUGCUCUGCAGGCCUCACUUGAAGCCAACCAAGCAGCACUUGAAGAAAACCAAAAUUUGUUGUGCCAGACCCAAGAAGAAGUGAAGGGGAUGCAUACCAAGUUUGAAGAGACUAAUGCACUGCUGCGAGCUGUGAAACUUCAGAAAGAUUGAGGUAGGUCUGAAUGCAGUUUCUAUUGAUGAUGCCUUUGCCUAGGCUUUUGCUACCUUGCUAGAACACCAAACUUUCUCUGUUGUUGGAACUUUGUGCACUGUGUUGUCAGAACCUAUGUCGAACUUAUUUGCAUCUGUUUGUAUGUUUGAACCUGUGUGAUGGAACCAUUUGAACCUAUGUGAUGGAACUUGGAACUAGUGUGAUGUGUUUGAACCUGCAA